AUGAUGAUUUCUGGGUCCAGCUGCAAGAAUGCCGAAUGGGUAAAGGGAUUGGUGGAUGAUGAUGGUCGGCAGGAUCCUCAUCAAUACGAAGGAGUAAUUGAGGAAGACCGUGCAGAACCAUGGAUCUCCAAUCCAGCCCAGCCUUUUUCCUGUGCGAUUCCGCCCACGAUCCCUGGCUGGCUCAUCGGCCAAUCCGAUCGUCGCUCCACUGAUCCAUCCACGGAUCCAAUCCCCGAUCCAUCCAUCUCUCAGGGACUGCAACAUCCACUCGCGCGAUCGGCCUUCCUUCACAGCCUCGCCUUUGCGCUACACUUUUUUUUGCGACCGAGGGCAUCGCAUACAGACUAUACCCGUACGGAUUGA